CCAAAAUAUCCAUUUGCAGAGAAACACAAACACUGAAACACUCAAGUGAGUUCGAUAGUAUAUUUGUUUUUCUUUUUCACAAAGAUGGUGAGAACCCCGUCUUGUGACAAAAGUGGAAUGAGGAAAGGUACUUGGACUCCAGAGGAAGAUAUGAAGUUAAUUGCUUAUGUCACUAGGUAUGGCUGCUGGAAUUGGCGCCAACUCCCCAAGUUUGCAGGUCUUGCAAGAUGUGGGAAAAGUUGUAGAUUGAGAUGGAUGAAUUAUCUAAGGCCAAAUAUCAAAAGAGGGAACUUCACUCAACAGGAAGAAGAAUGCAUCAUCAGAAUGCACAAAAAACUUGGUAACAGAUGGUCUGCUAUUGCGGUUGAGUUACCAGGAAGAACAGAUAACGAAAUAAAAAAUCAUUGGCACACCGCACUCAAGAAGAGGUCUCAACAAAACACACUCAUAAAUGAAGAAACCAAAGCCAUCAAAUCAAAGAAUAAAGAAUCAGUUCACAACAACGGUGUAUUUGUUACUCUUCCAGCAACUUCUCAGAUUUCAGAUAAUUCAUCAUUAUCGCCAGUUUCAUCCACCUGCAGCGAGUUUUCCUCCAUAACUUCUGAUCUUUCCACUGCUGCCAGCUGUAUGGAAAAUUUGGUGUUUGAAGAUGAUGACUUGGGUUUUCUGGAUUUAUACAAUAUUGAUCCUAUGAAUGGAAAUUUGUGGACAGAACUAAAUCUCGAUGGCAUUUCCUUCAAUACACCAUGUGAAAUAGUUUCAGGAGAUACUAAUAGCACUUUCCAAAGCUCAAGUUCUAGCAAUAGCAACACCCUUGAUUCUCCGCAUCAAUCAACCAGCGAAAGUAUUGUUGUGAAUAAUGACUUUGGUCGCUUUCUCGAUUCAUACGAAGAGGCAACAGUCGAUAACUUUUGGACACAGUCAUAUGUAGCUGACAUGUCCCACGUUCCAAGCGAACUAUUUGUUCCCUCCGUGGCAGAAUCUGAAUAUUUUACUCCAUUAUAUGAUGAUCUGUGGGGUCAAACUCAUUUGUACCAUGAAAAUCAUUGCUUAUUCUGAUGAACAAAAUUACUCCAUCUCUAGAGAUCAAUAGUUUUGAGAGUGUUAUUAGAGUUGGUGAUUCCAAUUCUUGAUCCAACCUAGAUGGAUGAAUCUUUUUAUAUUUUUGGCUUAGGGGUUUGUAUAGUAUUGUAGCAGUUGCUCUCCUAUAUUUCUCUUGUACCAAUUUUUUAUAAAGUGAAUUGCUUCUGCUU